UGCGUCGAUAAGGUCAACCCAUCCACCGGAGUGUCUGAUUGUCCAAAGAGUGCCUACCUUUGCAACGAUUCCACCUACUACGCUUUAAUGACUGAGCAAUGUCCAAAGACUUGUAACAGAUGCAGUGGAAGCAACAACAGCAACAACAGUAACAACAAUAAUGGAGGAUCUUCAUCCAGUUGUGUUGAUAAAGUGAACCCAUCUACUGGAGUAUCGGAAUGUGCAUCAAAGGCAUACUUGUGCACCAACUCCAUCUACCAGUCUUUAAUGAAGGAUCAGUGCCCAAAAACCUGUGGAUUCUGUUAA